GGUCCAGGUAGAGAUCUUACAACCCAAAGAAGAUGUCAAGACGCAGCCGCUUGCAAGCCAAGCAGCAGCAGCCACUGUCAUGUCAAGAAGAGUCUCCACAAGAACUGCAGGCACCAGAGCAUCUCCAGACCAGAAAAAGGAGAACAGCAGAGGAGAUUAAGAAAAGAGAAGAUGGGAAAAUUGCUAAAAAGCAUCAAUAUGAGAUUAAGAGUUGUUGGCCGCCCACGAUAACAGGAGGCAUCUCGCCUUGCAUAAUUAUUGAAACGCCUCACAAAGAAUCAGUAACCACUGACUUCUCAAGAUUCAAAAAAUACAGGUUCAGAAACCUCUUCAUAAAUCCAUCACCUUUGCCAGAACUCAACUGGGGAAAUUCCAAAGAUGUCUGGCUCAACAUCCUGAAGAAGGAGAACAGAUAUGCUCAUUGCAAACAUUUCACGUCACUACAUUCUAGUUUGCAACCUCACAUGAGAUCAAUACUGUUAGACUGGCUCUUAGAGGUAUGCGAGGUGUAUGCACUCCACAGGGAAACUUUCUACUUAGCUCAAGACUUUUUUGAUAGAUUCAUGUUGACACAAAAGAACAUUAACAAGAGCAUGCUUCAGCUCAUAGGAAUUACCUCAUUAUUCAUUGCCUCCAAACUUGAGGAAAUCUACGCUCCUAAAAUACAGGAAUUUGCUUACGUCACUGAUGGUGCUUGCAGUGAAGAUGAUAUUGUAAGAAUGGAACUUAUUAUGUUAAAGGCUUUAAAAUGGGAACUCUGUCCAGUGACUAUCGUCUCUUGGCUGAACCUCUAUCUUCAAGUGGAUGCUCUGAAGGAUGUUCCGAAAGUGCUGCUACCUCAGUAUUCUCAGGAAAAAUUCAUUCAGAUAGCACAGCUCUUAGACCUGUGUAUUCUGGAUGUGAAUUCUUUGGACUUCCAGUAUAGAACACUAGCUGCUGCAGCGCUCUGCCACUAUACCUCAAUUGAAGUAGUUAAGAAAGCUUCAGGCUUAGAUUGGGACAGCAUUUCAGAGUGUGUAGAAUGGAUGGUUCCCUUUGUGAGUGUGGCAAAAAAAGUCCCUGUGAAGCUGAAGAACUUUAAGAAGGUUGCAGCAGAAGAUCGACAUAACAUCCAAACACACACAAAUUAUUUGGACAUGCUGGAAGAAGCUAACAGCGGAGUGGCAUCUACUGCCCCAGGUCAGUUAUCACCUGUGUCAACAGGAGGAAUAAUAACCCCUCCCAAAAGUACAGAGAAGAAAUGAAAUACGGACAACAUCAUGAGCAGUUUCAGAAACAGGACUUGGUGCUUCAAAACAAGACCACGCUAGAGGCGACUCAUGCUCUUUACUGCUAUUCGAGACUUGGGCAGUAAAAGACACAUCAAAUAGAGCAGCAGAUGGAAAUUGAGACCACUGUCCUCCCACAGACUUGGUAAAAGAUGUAGACCAAGCAUCCCUCCAUGCUAUCACAGGAGCCCGGACUACUUUGGUCCAUUCUCAGACAUGACUUAGUUCAACUCUGACCAUUCCUAACUUAUGAAUUUCAAGAACUUUUUAAAAAUGGCUGAGUGGCAAAGUUUGUCCACUCAACUUACAUGUCAUACUUGCUUUAACUUGGCUAGCCAUACAGGAGAACUUAAUGACAGCUUGUACAUAUUACCUUUUCUUGGUUUUUUUUCUUUUUUUUUGUAAGGUCAGAGAUUAAUGCCUGUCAGUUAGUCACCCAUGAGCUCAGGUGCAGUAUUA